AUGGACUAUAAUACGAGGAGCAUCGGAUUUGGCAGCAGCGGCAGCAGUAGCGCCAUGGGUGACAGGGACGGGAGCGACAGUAGCAGGGACAAAGAUACGGCAUUAGGGUUCACUGGCACAGGGAGUCAGCCGGUAUCGACUCGACCCUUCGAGAAUCGAAGUAAGCAGUACCAAGACGAUCCUGCCAGUCAGCAAUCUUCCCCCCUCGCUUCUCCCGCGGCCUCGAGCGUUACUUCGUCCGCCCCUUCCCCGUUCGCCUCCCCCUCGGGCGCGGAAGCAGAGGGCGCGGAGCGGAAGGUUCUAGAGCGCGCAGUGGUGGAGAUGGCGUUGCUGCAGGAGGUGUCGCGCGGGGGGAUCGAGGGCUCGACUCUGGAGGAAGAGUGGGGGGAGCUGCGCCAGGCAGUCAGCCAGAACCCGCAGCUCUCGCGACUCUAUAACGAGUACGCGCGCGACGCGCUUCUGGCGCGGGAAGAGCAGCGGCGGCAGGAGGCGGGCGGGGGAAGGUGGAAGGUGGACGCGCGGGGGAGGAGGAUCAGGAAGCGGAGACGGGGGCGGAAGGCGGAGGCGGAAGGGGAGGAGGGGAUGAGCAGCAAGGCGCGGACGGAGGAGAGGCUGCGGCGGUGGAGGGCGGGGGUGGUGGCGGCGGCGACUCAGAGCACAGUGGUGGAGGUGGCGACGAUGGUGGUGCUGACGGUGCUGCCCAUUGCGGCAGGCGCGUUUGUGUAUGUGAACGUGCAGGAGUGGCUCAAGGCCGUGGCGCCCCAGCCUGCCGUUGUGGAGAAGGAACCCUGGUGGAUGCUGUUUGGCCCAGCAGCCAGUGCAGCGGGCACGGUGUUUGGAAUGGCAGGGCUGGGCUUCGCAGCCAAGACAGCCGCAGCGGCGCCAGUGGCCGUGGCAGUGGUGCCGCAGAUGGACGCCCUCUGGCGCUCCUUUGGAGGCGCUAGCCUGGUGGCGCUGUACUGGCGCACGCUGGUGUUUGGCAAGACGUUUCGCAGCAUAGAGUGGGACCUGGAGGCAUACGAUGCGCCCAACGGCAACAUGAAGUCCAUCACCAUCCGUGUGCCCUCCCUCAAUGCAGUGCGCACCAAGAUAGCGCUGGCGAAUGGCCUUGCGGGCGCCAGUGAGGUGGAGCAGCUGGCGCUGUGGAUCCCCAACUCUGGGGACUUUGUGGAGCCCCUGCGCCUGGCCAAGGACCUGGCGCUGAUCCCGGACUUUGGCUUUGUCAUCUGGUCGCGCACUCCUGCCUCCCUGCACUGCCUGCCCUCCCGCGCUGCCAAGACCAUGCCCUCACCCACUGCUGCAGCAGGGUCAGCUGGCGCUUCUGGGGGUGGAAGUAGCAAGGCCACAGCGGCUGGUGCUGCCGUUGGAGGGAAGGCUGGUGUGUGGGGUGAGCGUAACGGUGGCAGCAGUGGCUGGGCACAGCAGAGUGAGGCGGCAGCAGUGCCAGCAGCAGGAAAUGGAGGCAUGCAGGCUUCAGCGCAGCAAAUGGUGCAAGGCCAAGUGGCAGCCAAUGGUGCUGUGGCUGCUGCAGGAGUGGCACGCCCAGGAAUGAUGGAGGACGAGGGGGAGAAGGGAUGGAGCUGGGAGAAACGAGGCAGGGAGGAACUGGAGAGGAAGUGA